GUCGGUGACAGUUCCCGUUGCCCGGGCAACUAGGGCCGGGCUCCCUCGGUACUAGAGGGAGGCGGCAGGCCCGGGUCAGGGGCCUCCUCGAGAUCGGGCUUGGGCCCAGAGCAUGUUCCAGAUCCCAGAGUUUGAGCCCAGUGAGCAGGAAGACUCCAGCCCUGCAGAUAGGGGCCUGGGCCCCAGCCCCACAGGGGAUCAACCCCCAGGCCUUGGCAAGCACCUGCAGACGGCCCCAGGCCUCCUAGGGGAAGCUGGUCACCAGCAGGGGCAGCCGGCCAGCAGCAGCCACCAUGGAGGCGCUGGGGCUGUGGAGACGCGGAGUCGCCACAGCUCGUACCCCGCGGGGACCGAGGAAGAUGAGGGGAUGGAGGAAGAAGAGCUUAGCCCUUUCCGGGGGCGCUCGCGGUCAGCGCCCCCCAACCUCUGUGCGGCACUGCGUUAUGGCCGCGAGCUCCGGAGGAUGAGCGACGAGUUCCAGGGCUCCUUCAAGGGGCUUCCUCGCCCGAAGAGCGCAGGCACAGCCACGCAGAUGCGACAGAGCCCCAGUUGGACGCGCGUCAUCCAGUCCUGGUGGGAUCGGAACUUGGGGAGAGGAGGCUCCGCCCCCUCCCAAUGACCCGUCCCACAGCCCGAACCCCCCCCCCCUUUCCCGGCGCCGCCGGCGGCCAUCUUGGGUGUGGGCGGAAGUCUUUUCCGCAGGCUUUAUGCAAGAAAGAGGAUCAGUCCUUUCCUUUUCGAAGGAGGUGAUCUGACCCAAAGCCCGAUUUCCUUCCGGUGUGUACGAAGAGCACGGAGGGGUUUGUCCUCGUCGGAAGUUUUGAAGUUUUAUCGGCUCUUAGCCGCCGGAAGUGGCCCUGUGACCCCGCCCCCGGCGAUGGGAUACCCUCAUCGUCUGCAAGUUGCAAUUCGAAGAAGUCCUGACUUCUCACCAGAACCCUUUCCUCCGCGGUGUCGCUGGGGGCCAUCGCUUGCAGCGACAUGUGCUUAAUAAAGCCCGCGUUUGUGCCGCCGA